AAACGUGCAUGCAUAAUGAAUUAUUAACAUUUACCGCCAUUUUCCAAUACCCAGUAACACAUUCUCUACACCAGUUACACAUUUGUACAUUUUGUUGAACAUUGAUAAUUUACUGAAGGUAAAACAUAAAUACAUACGUCCACGGCUAACAAGUGUUAGCCAGAUGACAUGCGAUGAAGAGAUACCUCUAUAGGCGAAAGGUGCACUCUAAAUAGUUUAACAUAUUUCUUAUUUGUGUUUUUUCUGGCAAUAGAAGUGCACAGCAAACAUAACUGUUGACCCAGGUAUAGGGAACAAGGUACAGCUUAUAUCUUUGAUAACCUCGAUACGUUAGCAAAGAUGUCAGCGCAAGGCCAGAACUCACACAGACGUUGAUCUCAAAGUUGUUCAAUUGCUGUCCAGACAGCACAUUUAACUCUCAGCACAUAAACUAGGUUGUGCUACCUCUCAAGAUGCCGCCAUUUACACGUCCUAUAUAUUUAGGCGGGUCUUCCACUUUCUCGUCGUCAAAUCCGGGGACAGACAACUCUUUCAAACUCGCUGUGAUGGGAGCUUCUUCUGUAGGUAAGAGUGACAUCAUCAACAAAUUCAUCAAUGGUACCUCUCCGAAAUGCUACUGGCCAACUGUGCAAGAACGUUAUACCAAAGAUAUGGACGUAGAUGGCCGACACGUCGUCCUUGAUAUUUUCGACACUCCUGGAGGGUAUUGUUUCUCUUAUUUACGAGAGCUGGCCAUCGUCAACGCUGAUGCAUUUGUACUGGUCUAUUCGGUUGAAGAUGCGGUAUCCUUUGAGACAGUGACUUUACUUAGAAACUUGAUUGCUCAACAGAAGCCAACAGGUGUUCCUGUCUUAGUGGUCGGCAACAAGGCAGACGUAACGACAACAUCUCGCUUUAUGUCGAAGAAAAAAGCCCACAGCAUGGUAACGUCAGUUUGGCAAGACGAUUACAUGGAAAUCUCGGCGAGAGACGACUCAAACAUUUCUGACAUUUUUACAAGUGUCGUGAUCAAAGCCUGUUCUGUACCUUCCAAACCAAGACGCCUUACAGCCCCAGGUGCACUCGUCUCUUUUAAACGCAGAUUCUCAAGAUUAUUUAAAUCUGAUCGACAGCGGAGAAGUCCCAACAAAGUGCAACAAGUUAUGUAUUCUUGAAUGACAGAUAUUAAGUUUAAAAGACAUCAAUGUAAGCUUCGUUACUAUGUAGACAGAAGAAAUAAAUCUUUUGCAUUAUUCAGUAUGUUGUUGUGUUAUUAUUUUCAUUUAUGCACAAAAACGGAAAGCUUUCAUAAUCUGCUUUACAUCAUAAAGUG